GGGGAUCAAGUAUGGGUGCAUUUCAGGAAGGAAAGGUUUCCUGCCAAAAGAAGAUCCAAACUAGACCCAAGAGGAGAUGGUCCAUUUGAAGUCCUUGAAAGGAUUGGAGACAAUGCUUACAAACUUGAUCUUCCUAGUGAGUAUCAAGUUAGUGCUACUUUCAAUGUUUCUGAUCUUUCCUUAUUUGAUGCAGGUUUAAAUUCGAGGACGAAUUCAUCUCAAGAAGAGGGGAAUGAUAGCAUCCAUGGCAGCUCAGAAUUAUUGAAGGACGUGGAUGAAGAUUUGGAAGUUCCAAGAAGACCCAUGACAAGAUCUCAAACGAGGAAAUUGCAAGACAUGCUUAAUGGGCUGCAAUCAACAAUUCAAAAGUGUCUUAUGAUGGAAGAAGAGCUCCAGCCCAAUUCAGAUUUUUUUCUCAAGUCUUACACUUAUUUGGAGGCCCAAAUUAAAGUCCAAAGUGAGAUGGAAUGAGGUCCAAAUCAGCCCCAAAAGAAGAAGUUUCCAGCAGCCCAAAAUUAGCCCAAAUAUUAUUAUUUUCUAGAAUAAAUAUUUAAUUGUUGUUUUAAUCUAUGUUGACUUGCAUUGGUCCAAGUGUGGGUAGUCUUCUAGGUUGUUUUAAUCUAUGUUGACUGCCUUGGUCCAAGUGUGGGAAGUCUUCUAUGCUUCUAGGGAAGAUAAUUCCCAUUUAUUUCUAUUUUGACUAGCUCCUUCUUUACAACUAUAUAAAGGGGUGAUUG